UAGUAGUGGAUGAUAUCAGCAGUCGGGCUAGUCAGUGUUAUUUCAGUGUAGUCAAGUAUUCUGCUAAUCAUCCCAUUGAUAAAUUGGAUCGGAAUAUAUUUAUGCAUCCUCACAUCGUUCUCUAGCAUCUGUGGCUUUCAGUGUGUCUGGCUUUUAAAGAUGCCCGGCUCCUCAGGCACCACUCAGAGUAUGAAAAAGACCAUCGGCCACCGGGGCGUUGAGACCACCACCGGAGAGACUACCUACAAAAAGACAACUUCCUCUGCCCUCAAAGGUGCCAUUCAGUUGGGCAUUACUCACACGGUCGGCAGCUUGAGUCAGAAAGCCGAGAGGGAUGUACUCAUGCAAGAUUUUGUGGUCGUUGAAAGCAUCUUUUUCCCCAGUGAAGGCAGUAACCUGACUCCAGCUCAUCACUACAGCGAUUUCCGUUUUAAGACCUACGCUCCCAUUGCCUUCCGUUAUUUCAGAGAGCUGUUUGGCAUUCGGCCCGAUGACUACCUGUAUUCUCUGUGUAACGAGCCACUGAUUGAGCUGUCCAACCCCGGAGCCAGUGGAUCGCUCUUCUAUGUCUCCAGCGAUGACGAGUUCAUCAUUAAAACUGUUCAGCACAAAGAGGCAGAGUUUCUCCAGAAGCUACUUCCUGGAUACUUCAUGAACAUAAACCAAAACAAGCGCACACUGCUGCCCAAGUUCUACGGUCUGUACUGCGUCCAGGCAGGGGGCAAGAAUAUUCGCAUAGUUGUUAUGAACAAUCUCCUACCCCGGAUAAUCCCCAUGCACCUCAAAUACGACAUGAAAGGAUCCACUUAUAAGAGACGGGCGUCGCCGAAGGAGAGAGAGAAAGCUGUUCCCACGUACAAAGACCUCGACUUUAUCCAGGAUUUGCCCGAUGGCCUGCAGCUGGAAGCAGACAAUUACAAUGCUCUUAGCAAGACAAUACAGAGGGACUGCCUGCUCUUGCAGAGUUUCAAGAUCAUGGAUUACAGUCUCCUGAUGGGCAUUCACAACAUGGAUCAGGCCAAUCGGGAGCGUGCCGGGGGCUAUUCCGGGGACAGUGGUGGGUCGGAGGGAGCGGUGACGCCGGAUCAGCGGCGGCCUCAAGCCCAGAAAAGUCUGUACUGUACAGCCAUGGAGUCCAUCCAGGGUGAGGCUCGUGGAAAGGGCGCUUUGGAUUCUGAAGACCACAUGGGAGGCAUUCCAGCUCGUAAUGGAAAAGGAGAGCGGUUACUCAUCUACAUUGGCAUCAUAGACAUACUCCAGUCCUACAGAUUUGUUAAAAGGUUGGAACACUCCUGGAAGGCAUUGGUGCAUGAUGGGGACACGGUUUCAGUUCACAGACCUGGCUUCUACGCAGACCGCUUCCAGCAGUUCAUGUGCAGUACAGUGUUCAAGAAAAUUCCAUUAAGGCCUUCCCCAUCUAAGAAGAGCCGUGGUGGAGGUCAAGGAGGUCUUAGGAGGGCUCCCACUUUGGGAGCUCCCACCCCACUCUCUCACACAACGGGGCAUUCAGCCAUGGACCCCAGACUGGUUUACCGCGCACAUUUUAAAAGCACAGAGUCAGAAGCAGACAGCGUUCAGCCAGGCAGACCGGAUUUGGUUCCCAGGACCCCACCGCUGCAUGACAACACUGCUGAGUGCGAGGCCAACCUCUCCACCUCGUCAGUAGGCAGCUUAGAACUUGCUUCCUCUCCUCCUCUAAGGUCUGUUGGGGUGGAGGUGCACAAAUCAGCUCACACAGACUAUGAACAAGGUGCUUUUCACAGCUUCGAGACUGAGGGCAGCGCAGACAAUUCAGGCCACCUGUCCGGAAGUGAAGAUGUAGUUUCAUUGUCGGACAUCAUCCCCGAGACCAACAUCAAUUUUUAAACAUUUGAACCAAGUGCCCCAAGAGGAGAUACGCCUGGAAGAUGCGAACUGGGCACAGUGAAGGAUAAAGACGGCAAAAGCAGGCCAUCCAAGUCAGAAUCCCGGCGGCACCUGUUUCCCCAGCGCUCCCAUUUGAAACACACCGGUGUUGCUGGAAGAAGUUGCGUGGUGGAGGAAACGCAGAGACGGGGCUCCACGCUGCUGUGUGUGCGUGUAUGUAGUCUUUCCGAGCCAUCAACACUGUCACACAUGUCUCAAAACACCACAAAUGAGGGUGAUUGCCACAAUUAUUUCUUUGUAUUGUAGAAUUUGAUUUUUCUUUUUCCCUGUUUGCGGAGCGUGAGAGUCACAAAAUGGUGAGGAGUCACUUGUUGAAGCAUCACGUGGAGUGUGUGUGGGGGCACAGACGGGAGCAGUGCGCACUGAAGUACGUCCGAGUGGGGUCAUUGAUUUUCGUCUUCCUGUCACAGCACACUAGGUACCUUCCUCGCAGGCACGUUCGCCCUGAGCUGCCCCAUGUUUUUUUUUAGCCCCUUAUCAGCGAAUAAGAGGCGUCCCGUCAACACGUGCUGCUGUCCGAUUGCAAUCACAUUGUCUUAAAAUCGUGGAGGGUUUUGUUGAAAUCUUAGUUAGAUGGAUGGCUUGAACCAGUGCUAGACGAUCAGGUGUUCACGCGAAUGAAUUGUGCCGGAAGACGUUGUUGUGGUGCUGAAUGUACACGCCCCCUUCACCCUCAAUCAUAGAAUGUGUCUUUUUAAAAUGGAAGAAAGUGUUGAACGUCUUUGGCAUAUGACCACAUGCGCUAAACAUCUUUAUCUGAAUAGCGAGAAGUGCAGUUGGCAGCCAGUCCGUGCCCUUCCAUCAAGUAUUAAGCUGACGGUGGCAACCAUUUUGCAAAUGUGUUCAUUUUGUCCGUGUCAGUGCCUUUUUUUUUUUUCCUAAUGCAUUUUUAUCCCCUCAUCUGCCAUGUGAUGCACAACUGACCUUUUUUUUUUCUUUUUUAAUAACAGUGAACACAUACUUGCCUUAUCACUACAGUGGAAACCAUUUGGCUACCAUUUGCGUGUCAUUUGUCUGCAUUUUUUUUUUCCCAUGCAAACAGUACAAUCUUUUUUGGGGGGGCUGAUCAUGGCCAAAUUGAAAAUAAACUUAACUUUACGAGUAAAGGGGCUUGAAUUUAGAAAAGCAAAGUUGUCAUUUUCACAACUGAAUGAUUUGUCAUUCAGUUGAAACAGGUCAAUCGCAACUUUAGCAUAAAAUGCCAACUUAAUUCUCGUGAAAUUAGGGCUUCAAUGAGAAGUGUACUUUGGUCAAUCAUAAAAUUGUAACUUUAUUCCUAAAAUUGCAAGUUUGCUUGUGGAAAUUGUAAAGGUGUUAUCGAAUGAGGGAAAAUUAGGACUUUUGCAAAAUUACAACUAUCAUCAAAAAACUUCUUAAUUCUUGUGAAAUUAUGACUUCAUUACCCAUAAAAUGUGACUUAAUUUUUAAGAGCGUAUCUUUUUUUUUUGGGGGUGGGGGGGUUAAAUUAGGAACGUCGCAAUCUCAUGGUGAAGAGCAUUUUUGUAAAAAUACAACUUUAGCAUGAAAAGAGGCCUCUAUUUUUAUGACCCUUGUAAAAUGAUGUCAUUUUCCCCUCAAUAAAAUGCUUCCUUAUUCUUAGGAUUGCAGCUUUGCAUCGUCAAAUUGGAAAAGUUGCAGUUUUAUGAGAAAAAAUAACUUUUUGCAAAUAACUUUUCAUUAAUGGGCUUUAUUAAUGUGUAAAUUGACUUUAAAAAGUGUAUUGCAAAAAUCAAACUGAAUGUUCCUAAAGGUCGUAGGAAUAACUUUUCCUCUUUUCUCCUAAAAUUGAGUCUUUUAAUAUAACUUCACUGUCACACUUUCCUUUCCCGAAUCAGGGUGGCCCUCAUACACCUUUGCACCUUUUGGUUAUUUAAAUCUUUUAAAUUCAGGAGCACAUGUUGGCAAAUUGGAUUUGCAUGUGAAAAAUGUCAAAAAGUUUCAUAUACUGACCAUGUCAGGAUCAUUUCCCACGGCUCAGUGGUUGACUUGAAUGAGCCUACAGACAAAUUAUAAAUGACUGUUGUUGAUCAUUACUGCUGGUUACAGAAAUGACAACCUGCCUGAAACCACUCCUGGACCAAAAAUGAACUGUGUUUUGUUGUAUUGUACUGUAUGUAUAAAACAUCAGCUUUUUUUCUCGUUUGUUUGUUUUUGCUUUUAUGGUGUUUCGUGUUUGUCUUGUUGCUGUUGAAAACAACACAUUCAUGUUCAGGCAGGGUCACGACCCCUCUUCCCUAAUUACUUUGUACAGCAGUGAGAGAUUUCUCAGGCAGUCACAAUAUAGCAAGCUGACUUGAGCAAAACAUCUCAUCUACUGCAAUCUUAGUCACAUGUGGUCUAUGCAGCAGAAAGGGAGAAGUUGUAAUUAUUAUGGACUGAAAAAAAAA